AUGAUGCCUAAAAGUUUUGAAACUAUAGGCAAAGAAUGUCAUGAUUGUGGACAAAAUGGUCCUGAAUGGUGUUCGAUCAAUCAUGGUAUUCUUCUAUGUGAUGAAUGUUGUAGUGUACAUUUAAGUCUUGGCCGACAUAUAUCACAAAUAAAAUCUUUCAAACGAAGUUAUUGGUCACCAAAUCAAUUGAAUCUAAUAAAUGAAUUAAGUUCAAAUGGCGCUAAUCUUAUAUGGGAAUAUAGUCUACGUGAUCCACAAAAUAAAUUUCCAAAGAAAAAACCAUCAGCUAAGGAUCCACUUCCAAUUAAAGCUGAAUUUAUUCGAACUAAAUAUCAACAAAUGGCUUAUAUUAAUCGAUUAAAAGAUGAAACAAACGAAACAUUUGAAGAUUUAAAUUUACAAUUACAUUCUAUUGUUCGAACAGAUAAUAUAAUAACAUGCUUAAGGUUUUUAUCUCAAGGUGCUGAUCCAAAUUUUCGUAAUCCGGAAACUGGAACAUCAUCUGUUCAUGUUGCUGCAAGUCGUGGUCAAUCGAAUCAAAUUGAACUUCUUUGUAUUUUUGGUGGUAAUCCUGCAACAGUUGAUGCUUCAGGUGUAUCACCCGAAGAACAUGCACGAUUAAAUGGUUUUUCUGAUGUAGCUGAUCGAUUAAUUGAACUUCAAUAUGAAUUAACUGAUUAUCUUAUAUGUUUUAUUGGUUGUAAACGACCAAAUCAUAAAACUAAUCAACAUAUUGUUCUACCUGAAUUGAAGAAUCUUGAUAAAUCUAAACAAGCAAUAAUAGCUCGUCAAAAACUUCAACAAUUAUCUGAUUCACUUUUUGAAGAUUUAGCAAUGGAUGUAUAUGAUGAAGUUGAACGACGAGAAUUAAAAACAAUAUGGCAUGCACAAGUUGAUCGAGCAUUAAUUCCUUUGCAUGUUGUACCAUUUUUACCGGUUAAUCCAUCAUUUUCCGCAACAAGAAAUCAAGGUCGACAAAAAUUAGCUCGAUAUGGUUUGAAAGAUUUUCAUACAUUUAUUUAUGAUAUAUUAAAUGAAGUUCGUAGACGAUAUUAUGAUUCUAUUCAAUCUUCAACUAUUUUCUCAGCAACAAAAUCUCAUGCAUUACCUCGACAAAAUAAUGAUUCAUUAACAGCAAUGAUUGAUUCUGAUGACGAACCGUUUUAUGAUAAAGUUGCAUCUGAUGAUGAUAGUAAUGGUUUAGAUAAUAAUAAACAUCAAAAACGAAUUAAAUUAAAUAAAAAAUUAAAAAAGUUAGUAAAAAAUCAAUUGAUUGAUAAUUCAUUACAAUCUCCAACUGAAAACACAAGUUUAUUUGAUAAUUUAAAUCUUGAAACAACUGAAAAUCAUCAUUCAUCUGAUUUAAAAUCUCGUAUUGUUAAUACAGAAAUGCAAGUUAAAUAUUUAGCAUGUGCUCAUAUUGAUUUAAAAAAUGAAUUAUCUGUAUUACACCAAAUGAUUCAACGAUUACUUGAUGAAAGUCUUCUAAAUAAAAUUGAUCAACAAGUAACAAGUAAUACAUCUACUGUUAUUAAUGGCAAUGAAACCAAUAAUAUAAUUAAUAAAUCAAAUCAACAAUUAUUCGAUAAUGUUAGUCGUAAAUCAAGUCCGUUUAUUGAAAGUGAUUAUGAUAAUACAACAAUAAUUGAAGAUCCUGACAAGCCUUCAUCAAGUUUACCACGAACAACAUAUUCUAGUCAUGAUAAACGGUCUAGUCGUACUACGCAAAAGUUUCCUCAAAUAGAUGAAAAUCUAUCGAAUAAUUUUCGAUCAUGUCGAUCAACAGAUUUUAUUAUUAAAAAUGUCGCGGUACCAAAUCAAGCAUCUACAGUAAAUUCAUUUCAACAAACAUCAAAAAGAGAUAUACCAAUACAUAUUAAUCGAUCUCGAUCAUGUUCUGGUGGGCGUAAUAGAAGAAAAUUACCAAGAGUUUUAAUACGUAAAGGUUCAUUUAAUCGAGUAGAAACUAAUAUUGAUAUUGAUAAACGUACACGAAGAAUAACACAUCGUAUUGCAGAUUUAUAUAGUUCAAUUAGAGAAAAUCAAACGGAUCGAUAUGUAACUUAUGCUGAACAAAUAAAUCAUUCAGUUCAAGAUAUGAUUGAUUUAUCUGAACAAUUAUCAUUCAAUGAUGAUAUUCGAGCAAAUCUUGAAAUGUUAAAUACAAGUACACAACAACUUUUAACUCAUACAACAUUUAAAGGGAAAGAUCCAACAAUACAAAUACAAUAUAUUAUUGACGAUUGUUAUAGUAUUGCACUUGCAACUAGAAAUCUUUCAAGUCUUUAUCAAAAAAUAUGA